AGAGGAGAUGGGUAUUGAUGGGACUAGUUAUACGCAGGCAGACAAUUCCAAGGUGGUGGCCACCGACACGAUCUUUGCGAAAACGUCUCCUCAUGUGGCCACUCCUGAACUCUUUGCGCUGCAUAUCGCGUCACACAUGGUGACACAGUACGACCACGUGACCAAGGCGUUCGUGGACGUUGAAUCCCUCAAGUGGUCGCGCAUCCCCGUGCAAGGCCGCGAACACGAACACUCGUUCGUGAGGGACGGCGAGGAGAAGCGGGUCACGAGUGUGGAGGUCGACGGUACUCUAGGCAAGGAUAAACUAGUGGGAAAGGUCACCAGUGGAAUCCAGGACCUCUUGGUGCUCAAGAGUUCUGGUUCUGCGUUUGAGAAUUUCCUCAAGGAUGAAUAUACGACGCUCGUCCCCGUGUCCGACCGGAUCUUUUCGACGUCUGUGGAUCUGCAGUACACGUUUGGCUCGCUCUCUUUUGGGUCGAUGGACAAGGUGGGGAGUGUGGAUGGGGACGCACAGUUUAACAAGGUGGCUGCGAGUGCCAAAGAGACGACGCUGGAGGUGUUUGCGACGGACGAGAGUGCGAGUGUCCAGGCCACGUUGUAUCGGAUGGCAUCGGAUAUCAUUGGCAAGAAUGCGAGCGUAGAGAGUGUGAGCUACAAACUGCCAAACAAACACUAUAUCCGUGCGUACCACCCUCCAUACGAACAUGUCCCCUUUCUGAUCGCUAUGACAACAGCCGUGGAUCUGUCGUUCUUCCAGCUCGCCAACACCAAGCCAGACGAGGCAGAAGUGUUUUGUCCCGUUGCGGCGCCUAGUGACCUGCUAUCACGACAUGUGAACAAGUGCCAUUCUGUCGACAAAAAGCCGAACAACAAUAACAAUAAUGCAUCCAAUGCCGCAUCGGCGGCGACGGGACGUCGAAAACCACGACAAUCCUCGCUCUCCCAACCAAACGCUACUACGACGACGACCUCGGUGCACCCACCCGGGACGUCGAGUUUGACUAGUAUCAAUCCUGCGGGUAACCCGAUUCGUGGCGGGUACCCCAUCCAUAAUGACCCGUUUUCGAGUGGCAGUCUCUCGAGUUCGUAUAAUCGACCACCAAUGGACGCUCCCUCGCUCUCCUCUUCGAGCUCGCUCGCCAGUGCGUCAUCGGCAUCGGCCUCUCUCGAUAGUCUCCCCCACGAACCCGUGUUCCAUCUCCCACACCUCCCCCAUCAUAAUGUACAUCACUACAACCCACACAUCAUAUCGCAGGGUCCGACCACCAACGCGGAUAUACCUGGACGACAUGGGUCGUGGGGUGCCAUGAGCUCGAUUGCACCGUAUGGGCUCGCCUCGAUGGACCAUGCAAAUCCCUAUAGUGCGAGUGGGAGUCAGCAUUCUGGGAGUAAUGCGAGCUUGCCAUUCGACCCCACGUCCAACUUGACGUUUGAUUUGUAUGGUGCGACGUCGUCGUCGAGUCCGACCAAGCUCGUGCACUCGUAUAACGAUUUGCCAACGCCACUAGCUGCUCCAUCGCUCCCUCCAUUCCGAAGCUUGGCAGCUACGUCGGACCAACGACCACCGUCGAGCGCGCAAGAGGGUAUUUCACUCGAGUACGGCCUCUCGUCCCUUCCACAUCCCUCGGACCGACCACCCUCCCAACAACAAUCUCACUCUCAAAACCCGAGGCUGGGGAAUGGCGUGCACCAUCACCGCGAAUUUUCGUCUGCCUUUGGGUUAAUGUCGCUCGACGACCCCGCCGUGCUCGCUGGCAUUUCUACCGACGGUGUCCCCUUUUUCGAACAAGCCGUCAACUAUUUGCCAAGUGGUGGAGCCUCGGGUCCGAGUGGGCUCUUGACCAAUGGAAUGGGAUUGGGAAUUCCGAUGACGGGCGAGUUUGAUGCGCAGACGCCCAACACGAAAGAAAAGGAUAUUGUGGCACUUAGGGAAAUGUGGGCUGCGUGGUUGAGAGAUCCGACGACGGGUCUUAAACCGGAUGGCACCGAGAUGGGUCGUCCCGAGUUUCCAUCCCCAGUCAUCACGACGACUGAAGUUGCGAAAGAAAGUGCGCCUCAGGGGUUGCAUCGACGAUCUAGCUCUUUUGCGGGGAGCACAAAGAAUGCCACGAAUGCGAACACGACCGCGACUGGGGGAGGACUUGCACAGCAGAUUGCAAAUAUGAGAAGCGCGAGUGCGAGUCUCAAGAGCCCCGGUCCACUUGGAAAACUCCAGGGUGCCUCUAUUGGCGCACCACUCAUGCCACUCGCGCAACCGACGCUCCACGGCGGACGCAACGUUGUAAUGGGACUCGAAGACCAAGCCUCACGUUUACACGGCUACCACCACCCUCAGCAAUACGUUGCGGUCAAACGAGAAGAUGGAGCAGAGGGCGUCCCGAUUCCGCCCCAUGGAAGUGCGCUCGCCCCGCCUACACCUGCCGUCGCUCCCAACCCCGGUGGUGCGGCUGCUCCAUUACAUGUGGGCAACCCCGAGAGUCUAAAGAGUUAUGAAGAGGCGGUAUUGGCGAGAAAGGCGCCCGUGCUCAAGUUGCCGAUCAAGAUGAAGACGAGGGACGGGUCGUCCAGUACCAGUCCGCCCAACCAGCCUGUUUCGAAUAAUGCCCAACCGACGUCGACUGGUGGGAGUGGAGGUGGGAGCCCAAACAAUAAUGCCAUUCUCCCCAUUUCACAAGCGGGUCGUGCUAGUGGAAUCGGCAUGAGUAUCCCGGCCAAUGCCACGGUCAACAUGGCGAGUAUCGCUCCGUUGAACGUGAACCAGCAUUUGGGAGGGGGAGUGGCGAGCCUGAGUAUUCAGCAACAACAGCAGUUGCCCACAGCCGCUGGAGCGAGUAGUGUGCCUCCUGGUGCGACGCCCAACCCCGCCAUGCAAAUGCACCUCGAGUCUUCGCAGGCUGCUAUUGCGAAUCAGGCGGCGGCUGCUGCGGCUGCCCUUGCGGCGGGUAUGAAUCCUGGCACCGUUGGUAAUGCCGGGUCGAACGCGGGUGCGACGACUACGAACGUGAAUGGUGUGGAUCGACCAGUGAUCGCCAUGCCGAAACCGAGGUCUCGUCCGGGCACGUCCAGCGGUCCCAACUCGCGUCCGGAUAGCGUGCAGAGUCGACCUUCUUCUCGUCCUGGAACCGCGUCGUCUGUAGGUGCGGGUAGUGACAGGGGAGGGCCAUUUGCGCAUCAACCUCAUCAAGGAGGACAAGGUUAUGGAUCGACUCACUCGUCUCCGCCUUCGCGUCCCAAUACAGGGUACAAUAUGCCUUCUCAUUCGCACUCGCAGCCCAACUCGCGACCUUCGACGUCGGCCGGUCCGUCUCCUUCGUACGCGUUCGUGUUUGCCCCGCCUGAGCAGUACCAAGGCAUGUCGCCCACGGGACCCAACUACAUGUUCCAACCUGGUAGUUUGCCCAAGGACAUGCUCCUCUCUACUGGAAUGGGCGACUUUUCUCAUCAGCUCGGUGGUGGAGGAGAUACGAGUAUGACUGGAAACGGUGGUCGACCGUCGUAUAAACGAUUGGCCUCUCAAACACUCGAACCCGCCUCGACAAAACGCCCGCACUUGCGCAGGGGCGAUACGAAUUUCCAGCCUACCGCCGAAGACGGCAGUCAUCCCAAUGAUGGUAUGGAGGGAAUGGAAGAUAGCGAGGGUAUGAGUGAUGCUGGGAGUGAACGAAGUUAUGGAUCUGUUUCGCGCUCGCGUGGACACAAGAUGAGGUCGCCGUUGCUUCCUGGGGGAGGUGGUGGAUUGGCGAGCGCAGGUUUGACGGGUGGGAGGACGUGGUCGGCUGCCAUGUCGGGCGACGCGUUUGCCCAUCAGGGAGGGGCGAGUGCAAGGCGCAUGAGUGAGCCUGCGGUGGCGGCGACCCGGAUGAUGGUCCGUAUGCCUGGUGGUAGUGGACGUGGUGGUGCACAGUCUUGA